UAUCAAAUUAAUAGGGACAAUAAUGAAACAUGUGUGUGCACGUGUGAUGGAGAGGACAGAGAAGAAUAAAAGAGUGGUCUCAGAAACAGCCAAAUCAGAUUCCUCUUUGUCACACACAGUUUUGGCUUCUCGCUCUCUCUUUCUCUCACACACACUCUGCAUAUCUCCGCCGCAGAGAUCCAUCGUGUUUUCAAUUUCUGGUAACCAUGGAUUCUCUCGUUGAAUCUGGUUGGAAGUACCUUGUUACACAUUUCAGCGACUUUCAACUGGCGUGCAUUGGGAGUUUUAUCCUUCAUGAAAGUGUGUUUUUCUUGUCUGGACUCCCUUACAUUUUCCUAGAAAGGACCGGUUUUCUCAGCAGUUACAAAAUUCAGACAAAAAAUAAUACUCCUGAAGCCCAAGGAAAAUGCAUUGCUCGACUAUUGCUUUACCAUUUCUGCGUAAACUUGCCCCUCAUGAUGGCGUCUUAUCCUGUUUUCAGAUUCAUGGGCAUGCAGAGCAGUUUUCCUUUGCCGUCCUGGAAAGUGGUGUCUGCCCAGAUCUUAUUCUACUUCAUCAUUGAGGAUUUUGUAUUUUAUUGGGGUCACAGGAUCUUGCAUACUAAAUGGCUGUACAAGAACGUGCACAGUGUGCAUCAUGAAUACGCCACACCGUUUGGUUUGACAUCAGAAUAUGCUCACCCCGCUGAGAUUCUGUUCCUGGGUUUUGCUACCAUUGUUGGUCCGGCUCUCACCGGGCCUCACCUGAUCACCCUCUGGUUAUGGAUGAUGCUCAGAGUUAUUGAGACAGUUGAGGCACAUUGUGGUUAUCAUUUCCCAUGGAGCCCCUCGAAUUUUCUUCCUCUGUACGGCGGUGCUGACUUCCAUGACUAUCAUCAUCGAUUACUCUACACAAAGUCUGGGAACUACUCAUCAACGUUUGUCUACAUGGACUGGAUCUUUGGUACCGACAAAGGUUACAGAAAACUGAAGGCACUAAAAGAAACGUGAAAUUCGAUUUCUCGAGAGAGAGGUCUUGUUUUCAAAAACUCUUCUUUCUUCUGUUUUGUCUCUACAAUUUCCUCAACUUUCGUCAUAAGAACAACAUUAUUUGCAACAAUUUGUGUUUGUACAAUCGAAGCUGCUAGUCUUAACUCGAUUCGAUGUUGAAUCUUUUAAGUGCCCAUUGUUUCUAUUUGAUUAUUACUAGUGCUUA